AUACACCUGACUCUUCCUUUCCGGAAAGCGUUUCUUGCGACAUCUCCUGACGGCCUCAAGGGAUAUUUGUACUGACAACGUUAGUUGGUCAAGUGCCGAGGACAGGCACAGUCUUUAGUGGCGACUCAAGAGACAUUUCAAUCUCUGUCGCAGACGUCUUAAUAUUGAAUGCCUGCACAGCAUGGCAUUCGACCCUCUGAGGCCAUAGAGAGUCCCACGGAACAGACACCAUUGAUUCCGCAAGGGCCUUCUACUGUGGACGCGUCCGCGGAAGUCGGCCUGGAUAGCAAUGUCAAUGGCAGUCUAGACGGCACGACUAAUGGCGUCCCAAACGGCCACGCAAAGCACAACGGUGAUAACAGCGCUUCCGCAGGAAAUGACGAUGGCCACACGCCGGCAGCUCAAUCAAUGUCUCACGCAAGAACAGCACUCUGCACGUUCGCCCUCGGCUGCCUUAUCUUCCUUCAGGCCACCAACAUCUCGCUUCUCACGACCACCCAAUCCGCCAUUGCUGCCGAACUCGAUGCGUUUGAGAAGACCAGCUGGUUCACGUCAUCGUACCUGAUCGCCAUGAGCGCCCUCAGUCCGUUGAACGGCAAGCUCGCGAGUGUAUUCUCACCACGAACAACCAUCUUCGCAAGCACAAUUAUUCUAGCCCUCGGCGUCGUCCUCUCAAGUCUAGCGGAGAGCUUUGAAACAUUCGUGACGGGACGAGUAAUUACCGGUAUCGGGGCAAGCGGUAUCUUUACAAUCAGCAUCGUUAUCACUCUCGAGCUGACUGGAUCUAAGCGGAGAGGUGUCGCCAUCGGUUUGCUAAACUCCGGCUACACGAUCGGUGUUGCGCUAGGUGCCACAGCUGCUGGUGCUCUGCUUCCAGUCAUCGGUUGGAGGGCACUGUUCUGGCUUCAAGCGCCUAUCUCAUUGAUUGGCGGCAUCAUUCUGUUGCUAGCGAUUCCGCACGACUUCACGGCCGGCAAGAAGGAUGAGAGCGGUCACGCCAUGUCCAAGCGGCUCGCAAGGCUGGAUUACGUCGGCGCAAUCACUUUGACAGCGUCGAUCGUGCUGCUCCUUUACGCGCUGAGCUCGCCGAAACAGAUACCCAUCCUGCCCAUCAUAUUGUCUGGUAUCGUGCUUAUCACCUUCGUCUUGAACGAGGUCUACCUUGCACAUGAUCCCAUCAUACCUGUAUCGCUGUUGCGAUCCCGCGGGUUGUUACUGACAUGCCUUGGGACGGUUGGUUACAUGAUGGCACGCUGGAGCGUACUAUUCUACGCUCCUACAUACGCGCUGGCGGUUCGACAAUGGAGUCCGACGGCAGCAGGCAGUAUUCUAAUACCAACAAAUGGAGGAUUCGCAAUCGGCGGCUUGCUGGUAGGCUGGCUUCACAUAAAGCGGCACGGCUCUUUCUGGCUUGCCUCUAUCAUCGUUUACGCCAUCUUCCCAGUCACUCUGGUUCUACUCGCAGUCCUGUCGACACAGAACUCAAACCCGGUUUUGUACAUCUUUGUCGUCUUGCUUUGCGGCGCGGUGACAGGUGCAGCGUUGAACUACACACUGGCGCAUUUGCUCCACUUGACACCGAAGGACACGCACUACAUUGCCACGGCGUUGGUCGCUACUUUCCGGGGCUUCGCAGGUAGCUUUGGUUCCGCCAUUGGGGGCGGCUUGUUCACGCGUACGUUGUACACUUCGCUCAGGCAGAAUUUCGCACAGCAGGGCAUGCGCCACGAGGAAGACCUGAUCAGGAGAUUGUUAGGCUCGCCAGCGUUGGUUAGGCAGCUGGAGGGGGUCGAGAAGGCAGUGGCUGUUCAAGGCUAUGAGGAUGCCUUGCGGUCGCUGUUUCUGGCAGGCGCCGGCCUCGCUGCGCUAAUGGUGAUUGUGCAGGCCGGGACCGGUUGGCGUGGACCCAGCGAGAAGAGCGUGCUCGAGGAGGAGCAUCAAGCGCUUAUGCAUGCCGAGACGGGUGGAAGCGAAGAUGGCAGCAAUGAUAGAGGUAGCAUCCGAUAGAUGUGCACAUACGGUCGAGCGCUGUCCGACCCGCUUCCCACCGUAAUGUCACCCUACCGUCCUCGGCUCCGUCCCGGAAUCACUACGAUCUCCCUUGUGACACGGUUAGGUAU